GGAAAUCGAUUGCAACCCAUCUCUAACUGAAAUGUCACGUUUCAAGAAUAAAAUUUAAAAAAUCAAAGAUUUAUUGAAAAAAUUAUAGAGACUUGCGGGGAUUUUAAUGUUAAUUAGAAAUUAUGAGUUUAACGAAAUUAUCGAGACUAUCAUUCCAUCCGCUUAAUUUAAAUAGAUUUCUUUUACGGAAAAAUAGUUAUAAAAUUCGUGAAAAUCGUCCAGUAACCUCUAACCUAACGUCUAAAAAAAAUGUAGUUAAUUUUAGAGAGAGAACUGUGAGAUCUAUAUUAUCGGAGAGAACAUUUUUAAAUCAAAGACAUACAUCGGUAAGAUGUUUUGCAACUAAACCACCCGAUGGGCCCGAUGGUACUCCACAAUCAUCUGGUGGCGAGGAUGACUACAAUCCACAGCUUCCAGCAACUGUAGCUGUUCCAGAAGUCUGGCCCCAUGUUCCAGUUAUUGCUAUAAGUAAAAAUAUAGUAUUUCCUAGGUUCAUAAAAUUAAUCGAAUUAACAAAUCCCCAACUGAUACAACUAAUAAGGAGGAAAGUCAAAUUAAAUCAACCAUACUGUGGUAUCUUUCUUAAGAAAAAAGAAGAUAAUGAAACUGAAGUUGUCAAUAACCUAAAUGAAAUUUAUAACAUAGGCGUUUUUGCCCAAAUUCAUGAAAUGCAAGAUUUAGGGGACAAACUGAGAUUAGUUGUUAUGGCACACAGACGCAUUAAGAUAACUGGUCAAAUUUUUGAUACCGUUGCUGAUCUCAAAGAGGAGCCAGAAACUGAAAAACGAAGACGAAAAUUACGAACAAUUAGAGCAAUAAAACCCUUUUCAGGACGUCCCGUGGAACAGCCGAAACCUCAACCGACGGACCAAAAGGCAAAAGAAUCGCAACUACCUCCCAAGAAGGUUUAUUAAUGGCUGAAGUUGAAAACGUUGUUCAUAACAAAUUUAGACAAACUGAAGAAGUAAAAGCAUUGACUCAAGAAGUGAUCAAGACAAUAAGAGAUAUAAUAAGCUUAAAUCCUUUGUACAGAGAUAGUUUGCAACAAAUGAUGCAUCAAGGGCAAAGAGUUGUGGAUAAUCCUGUAUAUUUGAGUGAUUUAGGUGCUGCGUUGACUGCUGCGGAAAGUAAAGAGCUUCAAGAGGUUCUUGAAGAAAUGGACAUAGCUAAGAGAUUGAUGUUAUCAUUAUCAUUAUUGAAAAAAGAAUAUGAAUUAUCUAAAUUGCAACAAAAAAUAGGCAGAGAAGUAGAAGAAAAAGUUAAACAACAUCAUAGGAAAUACAUUUUACAAGAACAGUUAAAGGUAAUUAAAAAGGAAUUGGGUUUGGAAAAAGAAGACAAAGAUGCAAUUGGUGAAAAGUUUAGAGAGAGAAUUAAGGACAAAAAGUUACCGCAGGCUGUUUCUUCUGUUGUUGAAGAAGAAUUAAAUAAGAUGGGCUUUUUGGAAAGUCAUAGUUCAGAAUUCAAUGUAACUCGAAACUACCUGGACUGGCUUACUUCAUUGCCGUGGGGCGUUCAGAGUGAAGAGAAUUUGAAUCUAGAAAGAGCCUCUGAAAUUUUAGAUCAAGACCAUUAUGGCAUGGAUGAUAUUAAAAGACGUAUUCUCGAAUUUAUAGCAGUUAGUCAACUAAAAGGCAGCACUCAAGGAAAAAUUUUAUGCUUCCAUGGACCUCCAGGAGUAGGAAAAACCAGUAUAGCUCGUUCAAUCGCGAGAGCUUUAAAUAGGGAAUAUUUCCGAUUUUCCGUCGGAGGAAUGACUGAUGUAGCUGAAAUUAAAGGCCAUAGAAGGACUUACGUUGGCGCUAUGCCCGGUAAAGUGAUACAGUGUCUUAAAAAAACACGAACGGAAAAUCCCUUGGUUUUGAUUGAUGAAGUCGACAAAAUUGGAAAAGGUUAUUCCGGCGAUCCAAGUUCAGCUCUUUUAGAAUUACUCGAUCCAGAGCAAAAUUCCAAUUUCUUAGACCAUUAUCUAGACGUACCAGUUGAUUUGUCAAAAAUCUUAUUCAUUUGUACAGCCAAUGUCGUAGAUACCAUUCCGGAACCGCUAAGGGAUCGCAUGGAGAUGAUCGAUAUGUCAGGCUAUGUAGCUGAAGAAAAAUUAGCUAUUGCUAAACAGUACUUAUUGCCUCAAGCUAUGAGGGACAGUGGUCUAAAAGACGAUACCAUCAAAGUAGAAGAUGAUGCACUGACCAUUCUGAUUAAAAGUUAUUGCAGAGAAAGUGGUGUAAGAAAUUUACAGAAGCACAUUGAAAAGGUGGUUAGGAAGGUAGCCUAUAAAGUUGUUAAAGAAGAUGCAACUUUUGUACAAGUUAGUAAAACAAACUUACAAGAAUUUGUUGGAAAACCAGUAUUUACACAUGAUCGUAUGUAUCCUGUUACCCCACCAGGUGUUGUCAUGGGUUUAGCUUGGACAGCCAUGGGUGGUUCUACCUUGUAUAUAGAAACAACAACCAGAAAACUUCCCGGAGAUAAAGAAAACGAAGGUAGCUUAGAACUAACAGGGCAUUUAGGCGAAGUAAUGAAGGAAUCUGCCAAAAUUGCCUUAACAGUAGCUAGAAAUUAUUUACAAAAACACGAUCCUGCUAACAGAUUUUUAUAUGAAAGUCAUUUACACUUACACGUACCAGAAGGAGCGACACCAAAAGACGGACCUAGCGCUGGAUGCACUAUAGUUACAGCAUUAUUAUCUUUAGCCAAAGGUGAAUCGAUCAGACAAGACGUAGCCAUGACAGGUGAAAUAUCGCUAAUGGGAAAAGUUCUACCGGUUGGAGGAAUUAAAGAAAAAACUAUAGCUGCAAAGAGAUCGGGCAUUAAAUGCAUAAUUCUUCCAGAAGAAAAUAAAAAAGAUUUUAAUGACUUACCAAAUUUCAUAACUGAAGGCCUCGAAGUACAUUUCGUUGCAAAUGUUGACGAGAUUUUUAAAAUUGUGUUCGGCCAUCAACAGCAACCCCAAUUGGGUAUUUAAUAUGUUUUUCAGUUUUACUUAUUUUUCUAAUGUUACGAUGUAGUUUAAGGUAUAGUUUAUACGUUUUUUUUUAUUUGUAAUAAAUUACCAUUGUUCCUUUUUUAAUUCAUUUGUAAGUGUGAAAUAUUUUUUAUUGCUUAAUUUCACAAUUAUAUUUGUUACAUUUUAUUAAA